UAGCAAGUUUUAUCGUGCCUCGUCGUUGCUUCUUCACUUCAUUUGCCCCAUAUAUAGGUAAUAGGAGAGAGUGGAUAGUGUACGUAAAAUCUAGUAUGGCGUUUACUCCGGGCAUUCUUACGCACUGGCCAUGGGAGUGUCUUGGUAACUUUAAGUAUGUUAUAGUGGCACCCUUUGCAAUCCACAGCAUAUACUUAUAUGUAGUAGGAUCAGAGGACAGAGAUCUUGGAUACCUUGCUAUAAUCCCAUUUAUGUUGUGGAGGAUGCUUCACAACCAAAUUUGGAUCAGUUUUUCUCGGUAUCGAACAGCCAAAGGCAACAACCUCAUCGUUGAUAAGAGUCUCGAAUUUGAGCAAGUUGACAGGGAAAGAAAUUGGGAUGAUCAAAUACUGCUAAAUGUGAUAGCUUUCUAUCUUGCCAAUCGAGGGAUGGAGACUGCAAAAAAUGUUCCCUUCUUUAGAAUGGAUGGUUUGAUUUAUGCAUUCUUACUUCACAUGGGUCCUGUGGAGUUUCUUUACUACUGGUUACAUCGAGCUCUGCACCAUCACUUCCUCUACUCUCGCUACCACUCUCAUCACCAUCUUUCAAUUGUCACCGAACCCAUCACUUCGGUCAUCCAUCCGUUUGCGGAACACAUAUUAUACUUCACUUUGUUUGCUAUACCAACGCUAUCUACUACGUUGGCUCGAACUAGCUCCAUAGUUUCUUUAGCCCUCUAUGUCACUUACAUUGACUUAAUGAACAACAUGGGCCAUUGCAACUUCGAGAUUAUCCCUAAAUGGUUGUUUAGCAUAUUUCCUCCCCUCAAGUAUCUCAUGUACACUCCCUCGUUUCACUCUUUGCAUCACACUCAAUUUCGGACAAACUACUCACUCUUCAUGCCAUUCUAUGACUACAUCUAUGGAUCAAUGGACAAAUCUACAGAUACUCUUCAUGAAACUUCUCUCAAGAAGCCAGAAGAUAUUCCAGAUGUUGUUCAUCUUACACAUCUAACAACACCACAAUCUGUCUACCAUCUUAGGCUAGGGUUUGCCGCCCUUGCCUCGGAACCUUUAACCUCCAAAUGGUAUCUUUGGCUUAUGUGGCCUCUCACAUUAUGGUCCAUGAUCUUGACAUGGAUAUAUGGUCGGACGUUCAUCAUUGAAAGAAACACCUUCAAAAAGCUCAAGGCGCAGGCAUGGGCUAUACCACGCUAUAAUAUACAUUAUGUUUUACAAUGGCAGCGAGCUGCAAUAAACAAGUUGAUUGAAGAAGCUAUACUAGAGGCAGAUAAGAAAGGAAUCAAAGUAGUAACCCUUGGACUUUUAAAUCAGGAGGAGCAUUUGAACAGAUAUGGUGAAUUAUAUUUGGAAAGGCACCCUAAGCUUAAAGUAAAAGUGGUUGAUGGUAGUAGCUUAGCUGUUGCAGUGGUGCUUAAUAGCAUUCCUAAGGGAACUUCCCAAAUUGUUUUUAGGGGUAGGCUAUCUAAAGUUGCUUAUUCCAUUGUCUCUGCGCUGUGUCACAAGGGCAUCCAGGUUUCUACGCUACGAAGUGUUGAAUAUGAGAAGCUUAAGAACAAACUACCAACUGAAGAUUGCAACAAUUUGGCCCUUUCAGUAAAAAGUUGCAAUCAGAAGGUAUGGUUAGUAGGAGAAGAUUUAACAGAACACGAGCAAUCAAUGGCAUCAAAAGGAACUAUAUUUAUUCCCUUCUCUCAGUUUCCUCCUAAGAAAACAAGAGAAGAUUGCUUCUAUAUGAAUACCCCAUCAUUGGUGGCUCCUAAAAUUUUUGGAAACUUGCAUUCUUGUGAGAAUUGGCUGCCGAGAAGGGUGAUUAGCGCGCGGCGGGUGGCCGGAAUACUUCAUGCUUUAGAAGGAUGGAAUGUGAAUGAAUGUGGCGAUACAAUCAUUGACAUUGAUAAAGUCUGGGGAGCAUGCCUUCAACAUGGAUUCCGCCCGUCCAUGACCAGUUCAACUUAGGUUAUGAAAACAUGUUAUUAUUACUGCAAGACUAUAUUUGUGAGGGAAUAAAUUUAUAUUAUUUGUCCCGUCAAAAAAAAAAAAGUUUAUAUUAUUUGUAAGGGAAGUAUAUAUACUAGUUGUUUUUAUGGGAAUGGUAAUAGACCUAGAAAAGGCAGGUCAGGUCACAGUACUUUUAUCAACCUUAUUAGAAAUAUAAUCCUUGAGUAUUUUCAUUAA